AUGGAUGCCGUCCGUGCCAGUCCCUUUGGCCAGCUUUUCCGCCCAGACAACUUCGUUUUCGGCCAGUCCGGUGCUGGAAACAACUGGGCCAAGGGUCAUUACACCGAGGGUGCUGAGCUGGGUCGACCAAGUCAUCGGCGUCCUCCCGCCGGCUUCCAGAUCACUCACUCCCUUGGUGGUGGUACCGGCGCCGGCAUGGGUACCUUGCUGAUUUCCAAGAUCCGGGAGGAAUUCCCAGACCGUAUGAUGGCCACUUUCUCGGUCGUUCCUUCGCCAAAGGUUUCCGACACCGUUGUCGAGCCUUACAAUGCCACCCUCUCCAUCCAUCAGCUCGUUGAGCACUCCGACGAGACCUUCUGUAUCGAUAACGAGGCUCUGUAUGAUAUCUGCAUGCGGACUCUCAAACUCUCUGAGCCAUCUUACGGUGACCUCAACCAUCUCGUGUCCGCCGUCAUGUCUGGUGUGACCACCUGCCUGCGAUUCCCUGGCCAACUUAACUCUGACCUUCGGAAACUCGCUGUCAACAUGGUUCCAUUCCCUCGUCUCCAUUUCUUCAUGGUCGGAUUCGCCCCUCUUACUAGCCGUGGAGCAUACUCCUUCCGUGCUGUCACCGUCCCUGAAUUGACCCAGCAGAUGUACGACCCUAAGAACAUGAUGGCUGCUUCUGACUUCCGUAACGGCCGUUACCUCACCUGCUCUGCUAUCUUCCGUGGUAAGGUUUCCAUGAAGGAAGUCGAGGAUCAGAUGCGCAACGUCCAGAACAAGAACCACACCUACUUCGUCGAGUGGAUCCCCAACAACGUGCAGACUGCUCUCUGCUCCAUCCCUCCCCGUGGCCUCAAGAUGUCCUCUACCUUCGUUGGAAACUCCACCUCCAUCCAGGAGCUCUUCAAGCGUGUCGGUGACCAGUUCACUGCUAUGUUUAGGCGCAAGGCUUUCUUGCAUUGGUACACUGGCGAGGGAAUGGAUGAGAUGGAGUUCACCGAAGCGGAGAGCAACAUGAACGAUCUCGUUUCUGAGUAUCAGCAGUACCAGGAUGCUAGCAUUUCUGAGGGAGAGGAUGAGUACGUUGAGGAAGAGAUCCUUGAGGGCGAGGAGUAG